AUGGCACUCUCACUGAGGAGGUUUAUAUCGUCCUCCCCUGGUCUUCACCAUUCCUCUGGCCAAGUCUGUCGUCUUCGGCGUGCUCUAUAUGGUCUGAAGCAGUCUCCUCGUGCUUGGCUAAUUAAGUAUGCUAACGAGGUUAUCCAUCGUGUCAGACUUACUGACACUAAGCUGUCUGAUACCCCCAUUGAGCUUAAUGUAAAGCUCAACACUACUGAUGGGGUUCCUCUAGAUGAUCCUACGUUGUAUCGCGAGCUUGUGGGUUGCUUAGUCUAUCUGACCGUUACUCGCCCUGAUCUUGCCUAUGCUGUCCAUGUGAUUAGUCAGUUUGUUUCUGCCCCUCGCUCUACACAUUGGGCUGCUUUGCUUCGGAUUCUUCGUUAUCUUCGCAGUACUAUCUUUCAGGGCUUGCUGUUCUCUUCUACUUCUUCCUUAGACUUGGUGGCUUAUGCUGAUGCUGAUUGGGCUGGUGAUGUUAAUGAUCGUAAAUCUACUUCUGGUUUCUAUGAAUAA